AAUCGCCAUUACAACUCGGCUACAUAAAAACCAUAAGCUUUUUUUUGAGACCACCAGGAGCAUGGCCAUCUGAUGUUUUCGAAGGGUACUUGCCUUUGCCCAUACGAAUCCAUAGGGCAACUUUACCAUUCCAUACCACCAUCAUUGUGAUUGGGGGGUUAUAUUACAUAACUGAUAAUUUUCAUCGGUUGAGUUUUCUCGACAUGGGACAUAUGAUUAUAACUACGUUUUUGGCAAUGGUUACUGCUCUUAGAAGUAUUCUACCAAACUUGCAGACAUACAAUUCAUUGCUGUGUAAAUUCCUACACGAAUUUCAUUUGAUGCACCACGCUUAUAAAGGCGACUAUUUUGAAGAGAUGAACAAAACUGUUGACAAGAUCUCAUCUUAUUACACAAAGUUUAGCACAAUAAUAAUGUACUUAGGAAUGUUGUUGUUCAAUAUCACUCCAACGUACAACAACAUAAGACAUACCUUGAUAUCUAAGACUGAAAAUUAUUCCAUGGAAUAUUCUGUAUAUUUUAGUUACCCUGGAUUCAACCCGCUCGACUACUUUGCAAGUACUACCAUUUAUAAUUGCUACUUAUCAUACAACUGCUCAACAUUGUUGUGUGGGUUUGAUUUGUUAUUGUUUUUGAUGAUAUUUCAAAUAAUUGGGCACGUGUACAUUCUGAGACACAAUCUCGAGAAUUUUCAGUCGCCUAAGAAUAAAAUUACUCUCAAUGUACGGGGAGAUGCAUUGAGUACAAAUAACACGUGCACUUUUGAAGUAUUUGACGCACAAGAAAAUCAAGAAGUGCGCCUUCAACUGGCGGAGUGCAUAGAACACCACAAAAUAAUAAUUGGAUUUACAGAUGACCUGUCAGGUGUAUUUGGACCUAUAUUAGCCUUCAAUUACUUCUUUCAUAUGAUUGCCUGUUGUUUGUUGUUACUGGAAUGUACAGAAGGAAGUUAUGAUGCAGUACUACGUUACGGACCUUUGACUAUGAUCGUUUUUGGUCAGCUCAUACAGAUGUCAGUUAUGUUCGAGUUGCUGGGUUCAGAGACGGAAAAACUGAAGGACUCCGUGUACUGUCUGCCAUGGGAGGCCAUGAACACCAGCAACCAGCGAACUGCUUUCAUAAUGCUGCACAAAAUGCAGUACAAAAUCAGUCUCAAGGCAUUAGGACUGGCAGCAGUUGGCGUGAACACCAUGGUGGGGAUAUUAAAGACUACGUUUUCAUAUUAUGCAUUUUUACAAACAAUGGGAGAUAGAUAA